UUUCUUAUGAUAAUAAAAUGUGAUAAGAAUCCAGGCCCACUGUUAGCAUUGGUCGUUGUGUUAUACUGCACACUUAGCAGGAUUUUAGUAUUCGGCGGGUUAGUUGAUCCUGGUUACCCACAUGUUGUUUUGUGUCAUUGCCGUUCGUCGUAGUUUUCAAUUUAAUAAUUUUAACUUGAUUUAUCUUUUCUUUUUAGUUGUUUACUUAUUUGUCCAUGCUAAAAACAAGGCCUUAUGUGUUAUUAAUCGUCAUUUUCUAUUCCGCGUAUUCAUUUUUGUGACUGCCUAAUAUAAUCUUCGACUUUAAUAGUUGUUAUCCUGUUGAUAUGUUUUCAUUUUUAAAUUUUUUUAAUUUCAAGUCUGAUUCAGAUAAUGUUAAAUCUACGGAUCCACUUAGUGGGAAAACAUUAAAUCUCAAUAGUCCUGAGGCAAGAGCUCUUAAUAUUUUUAACCAGAAAUUGCCGAUUUCUCGAAGAAAAAAUGGAAAUAAUACUCCAUUUAGACCAAAUUGUAUAGCUGAAGUAACAAGUCCUGGAUUUAGUUAUCGAAUAGCUCAAAGAGCUCGAGAAAUGAGAUCUACAACGCCAAAUUCUGAUAUUUCAAAUUUAUCAGUAUCAUAUGCUUCAAAAAACAAUUAUAGUAACAGUAAUUCUUCUCCACAUGAGUUUCAAAAUUUAGGUAGAGAAAAUCCUAAUGAUAAAAAGCGUAAAUUAAUGGAAACAUUAGACAAUUUUGGUGUAAGAAAAAAAACUUGCCAAGAGUUUGAUUUUGAUAAUUUUGUAAAUUGCCCUAAAAAAGCUAUUGAGUCAAUUGACCGAAAUAUUCCAUUGAAUGGUAUAGAUAAAACAAACAGAGAAAUUUCACAUUCACCAUAUAUGACACCAAAGAAUAAUCAUGUUAUUUUUGAUAGAAAACAAAAUAAGAGACAGAGUGAUACUGAUGUUAAUAGUCAUCAUUCAUAUAAAAGACCUAAAACUCGAAAUAAUGAAAUUUUGAGUUCUUAUAGUUCAAGUAAAUUUCUUCUGUCAUCAAGACAGAAAAGAACUUAUCCUAUUGACCCAGAGGGUGAUGAUUCUCCUUGCCGAAAACAUUGUAAAAGUUGUACUUGUUGUGGUUCAACCGAUGAUAAUAAUAAGUCAAUUAAAAUUGACAAAACUACAGAAACUGAUUUAGCUGGAGAUCUUGUAACAGUUGCAGCUAGUAGAAUAUUCAAUAGAAGUGGAAAAACACAAGUUGUUAAAAGAAUUAGUAUAAAAAGUGUAUUAGAUGAAGUAUUUGAUGAGCCAGAUCCUACACCUUACACAAGUAUUGAGAAAAUAGAACAAAAAAAGAAUAAUGCUGUUAAAAAGGGUACAUCCACCAAUGAAAAAAAUAGUGAAUUAAGCAUUAAAUUUCCACAAUCACCAACAACUUCAUCAAUUAUUUCACCAACAGUUGGAUCUUUUGAAAAAACAAAAAAUACAGUUAUCCCCAAAACAACUUCACAAUUUAAUUUUGGUAGUACAACAAUGUCAUCAGCUGAAAAAUUAAAAUCACUGAAUGAAGUGGAUGGUGUAAAAGAUAGUGGUCAGUCAACAUUAUCACCUAAUAAAGAAAUUGAAAACCAGAAAUCUGAGCUUAGCAGUUUGGAACAACAAGAAAAAUCAUCCUCUGAAUGUAGUAAAGUUCUUGAGAGUACUUUAAAUAGCACAUCAAAUGAUAUAAUUUCAAAAGAGUCAACUGAAAGCUCAGUUAAAACUCCUUUCCAGUUUUCUGCAUUACCUUCUAAAUCUUUGAAUUCCAACUCAAGCUUAAAAAGUGAUGCAGAGUGUGUUAAGAAUGUGAAUAAACCUGAAACUAUUCAUUCAAUACAAUUUGGUAAUAAAGAGUCUUCCGGAAAAAAUACAAAAGAAGAUAGUGCUGUAGCUUUUAAUAACUGUAAUAUAAAUACUUCAAAACUACCAGCUUUUACAUUUAAAGAUAAUGAAAAACAGCCAAUGUCCGUUUUACAAUUUGGUACAGAAAAAAAUGAAAACAAACAACUAGCUCCAGUAAUGCAGUUUGGAGCAUCAAAACCUGAAGAUAAAGUAUCAGCUCCAGUAAUGCAAUUUGAGGCUUCUAAAACUGAAGAAAAACAGUCGGUACCUGUUAUGCAAUUUGGAGCUCCUAAAACUGAAGAAAAAAAGUCUGUACCUGUUAUGCAAUUUGGAGCUCCUAAAACUGAAGAAAAACAGUCUGUACCUGUUAUGCAAUUUGGAGCUCCUAAACCUGAAGAAAAACAAUCUAUACCUGUUAUGCAAUUUGGAGCUUCUAAAACUGAAGAAAAACAGUUUGUACCUGUUAUGCAAUUUGGAGCUUCUAAAACUGAAGAAAAACAGUCAGUACCUGUUAUGCAAUUUGGAGCUCCUAAAACUGAAGAAAAACAGUCUGUACCUGUUAUGCAAUUUGGAGCUCCUAAAACUGAUGAAAAGGAACCAUUAUCAACAAUACUCUCAGUAGCUUCUAAAACAUCAGAAUGUUCAAAUAAACCUGUAUUUUCCUUUGGUCAAAAUACUCUUAAUAGUUUAAAGUCUUCUGAUAGUCUUAAAUUUCAAUUUGGUUCAACAAAACCUAAUGAUAAUGGUUCAACCAUUCCUGUAUCAACAGAAUCAAAAACUGUUAUGUUUGGAUCAAGUAAUACAGCUGCUAGUUCAACUCCUUUCUCUUUUGGAAAAACUGAUGUUCCUCAGUCAUCAAGUGAAAAGUCAUCAUUAAAAUUACAAUUUGGAACUCCUCCAAUGUUUGGAAACUCAUCAGUAGAACAAAUUAAUACUAAUGUACCAGCACCCAAUAAUCCAGGACCUAAAUUAGUUUUUGGCAGUCAAAAUACUGACAUUAAACCAGCCUCAUCAAACCCUACCAUGAUUUUUGGUAGUAAUACAGACAAUCCUGUAUUUCAAUUUAAUAGUUCUAGUACUAAAACCAAUGAAAAGCCAACAGAAACAACUAACAAUGCUUUUCAAUUUUCUGCUGCUAAGACUGUUCCAUCAUUUGGUAACUCAACAACUCAAGGUUUUGGAGAUAAACCAGCGUUUCAGUUUAAUGCUCAAAAAACAGAUGACCAGAAAUCUCAGUUUUCAUCACCGUCCUUUGGAAAUCAAACAGCUGCUGUUGCUCCUUUUAAAUUUGGAGGUGGUGAAAAGCCUGCUGUAUUUGGAAGUACAUUUACUUCACCAAAUCAACCAAUCGAGUUCAGUAAUAAAAUUGAAACAAAAACUGAACCAUUUAAAUUUGGUGCUUCUACUAAUGCAUUUCAGUUUAGUUCCAAUAAAAAUGACAGUGGCCCAAUUAAGUUUGGUCAAAGCUCAAAUACAUUUAAUUCUUCUGGAGGAUUUAGUGGCUUUGGUAAAUCUUCAACUCAGCCUACUGUGUCAUUUGGAAACACUGCACCUUCAAAACCUUCACCAUUUGGAAAUACUGCUGCUCCUGAAUCAACAUCAACAUUUGGUAGCGUAGCUCCUACUUCAAUGAACACAUUUGGGACUACAGCCAAUCGAGGUUUUCAAUUUGGUAAUUCAAACACCUCUACAUCUAAUAACCCAUCUACAUUUGCUUUUAAUGCUGCUUCACAACCUGCAAAACCUGAAGGAGCUUUUAGUUUUGGCUCGACCACUGCUGCAGCACAACCAUUCCAGUUUGGACAAGCACCAAGUUUGUCAUCACCUCAGCAAUUCAGUGGAGGACAACCUCAAGGAGCCUUUGGUUUUGGUUCGCCUCCACAGCAACAGCCAGGAAUGCAAGGAUCAAAUCAGGCAUUAUUUAGUAUUGGAACAGCACCAGCUGGGGAACGACGAAAAGCCAAAGCUGUCAGAAGAAGACAAUGAUGACUUAAAAUAUAUUUUUAUAAUUAUUUAUAAAUGAUAAAAGUUAAUGUGAUUUUCAAAAAACUUAUUUUAUUAAGGUUGGACUAUUGUAAAAUUAAGCCAUCUAUAUGAAAAUUGAUAUUAAAAUGUUACCUAUUAUUGUUGGACAAAUAAUUAGUGGUAGUUGAUAAAUCAUAUUUUAAAUUAUUUGUUCUGUAUGAAUCUAUUUUUAAUGUUAUUGGUAACGUCUUGAUAAUUAUUUUUAGUUACUAAUAUUGAAAUCUGAAUUGUAUCAUAAAUCCUAUUGAAUAAUAUGUAUUUUGAGAUUAUUUAAAAGUAAAUUUUCAAUGAUAUAAAAUAUGCAUAUUAAAACAUUAAAAUAAUAUUAAGAUUA